UGGGGGCGACAGUGGGAUUGCUCAGACGGUGGCGGUGGCGGUGAGAGAGGCAUCAGGAGAGCCCAGAGCAGAGGCGGGGAAAAGGCACCAUUCCCUUAGUCCGGGUCCACUCUGCCUCUGAGGGCUGCGCUCCAACCAGACAAGCUGCAAGCAUCAGAAUCAGGAUGAACAUCGAGGUUGGCAACGUUUCUUACACGGGAGCCAUCGUGUCCUGGUCGUCCUCGGAGCCCUGCCUGGAGGACUACUACCAUAUCAUGUACAGGCCCAACUGGAACAGCAUCUUCUCCGGCUAUCUUCGCUACAGCUUCCAACACGAGGAGAAGGUGCCUAAGACCGUCAGCAAGGUGGUGCUGGACCAUCUCACCCCUUCCACUUUCUACUUCCUGUGCGUCAGCUGCAAGAAGAUCACCUUCCCCUACAGGCACUACUGCACCAUGUUCCACACCAUGGAGAAGAGUCCGCUGUCUUCCGGAAGCCCCCUGGUGGACCCCCAUGUCUCCCUGUGGGUCCUGCUGGCCAUUCUGAUGGCCUGCUUCACGGCCGUCUUAGCAUUCGUCUGCCUCCAGUUCUGGUGCAUCCGCUGCCACGAGCCCCGCUGGUCCUACAGAGCCGGCCACAUGGAGGAAGCCAAUGGGCGGGUGAGGUGGCCAGAGGAGGCCCGCGUCCUGGGUCUGAGGGAUGAAGACCAGCAGCGGCUUCCCCUGGUGGAAAUGCCCCACGAGGAUUCCGGAGCCGGGACGGAAGCGGAAGCGGAAGCGGAAGCGGAAGCCGACCAGGCUGCCUCUGACGCGGGUGAUGACCAGCCUGCCAUUCCGCCCCAGUUCAAGGAGUGA